AUGAGGGUUUUGGGGGAUUCUUGGUGCUUCUGCAAUGGUGGCGGCAAGUCGGAGAGAAUGAAGGCUUCCAUUUUCUCCGGCAAGGCACCGGCCAUGGCCAGAAUCAACGACGGCGGCACUGGCUUCCUCAUCCACCGGAAUCUGCUUCUCACCACCCAUGCCAAUCUCCCCUCGGUGGCCGCUGUUGAGGCCGCCGAGAUCCGGCUUCACAAUGGGCUAUCCGCAACCCUCUUUCCUCACAGAUUCUUCAUCACGAGCUCAGUUCUUGAUCUGACGAUGGUGGGCCUCGAUGCCCUCGAUAAUGAGGUUGCACGGGCUUCCCUUAGGAAAACGGCGCGGCCUGGGGGUGACCAAAACUACGUGAGGGAUUUGCUGCUGCGGGUUGGGCCCAUGCUGGACGCCGAGUCGACGGGUUCCGCCGAUGGGGUCGGGUCGGCCGGCGAGGACGAUGGGCCGCCGCCGCCGCACGAGUGCAGCAGCAGCAGCGAUGGGGAGGCGACGACCAUGUACUCGGCCGAGACUGCCGAGAGCCGGAACAUCCCGAGCCCCAGGGGGGAGGGUGAGCGGGCGGUGGGGAGGAGCCAGAGCUGUGUGAACUACUAUGGGGGCAGGUGGGGCCCGAGGACGGCCUUCGUGGGGCGCGGGAUGGAGGUGGAGAGGCGCCGGAAUUUCGGUGGGGGGAGGAAGGUGUACUCGCAGGGGGCGGCGGCCUCCGGGGGGAGGAGCAAUGUUUACUUCAGCCCCACCGUGUCGUCCAUCAUGAAGAAGCGGAACAAUGCGGCGGAGCAGGUGCAGGUGCACAACAACAGGCAGCGGCCCAGCGCUGCCGCCCACACGUCUCCCAGGUGGAAUUUUUAG